AUGAGCGAGCCCAGCAUGAACUCAAGCGAGAUGUUCGAGAUGCUUGCUUCGACCUAUGAGGCUGCAACCGGUGGCUGCACCCGCGAAGUUGCCAUGCACCUCGUCGACAUGUUGCCCGCAGUCGACUCCAACUCCGUUGUUCUGGACAAUGCAUGCGGAAACGGUAUAGCUGCGCAAGAGCUUUUGUACAGAUACCCAGACACUCCACUCAAGGCAGCCUGUGUUGAUAAUGCGAAACCGAUGGUCGAUCUAGCACGCCGCGCCCUUCCAGCUACAACUUCCGUGGCAAAUUCAUCCUUCGACGUGAUGGACGGAGUCAAUUUGACAUUCCCCGACGAGACGUUUACGCACUCCCUCACCAACAUGGGCAUCAUGUUCUUCUCUGACGGAGAAAAGGGUGCGGCUGAGAUUUAUCGCACUCUCAAGCCAGGAGGGACGGCUGUUGUCACUACCUGGAAGUCUACAGGCCAUAUGGCUGUUGUUCAUAAAGCGCAGAAAGCCGUCAAGCCAGACGACCCCCUAUUCCGCUGGCCUGUCGCGGAUGAGUGGUUCGAAGCUUCGCAUAUGAAGAAGAUCAUGGAAGGCGCAGGGUUCAAAGAUGUUGAGAUGCACGAGAAGACAGUAUAUUAUGCAUCGAAGACUGCGGAGGAGACUUGCGGCUACAUGCUCGGUAUGUGGAAGACCAUGGGACCAAAGUGGACCGAUGAAGAGAACGAGGAGUUCGCGAAGCAGUUAAACCUUGCUGGAAAGAAGGCAGCGGUAAAGAUCCAGAGGCCUUUGAAUGGGCAGAAAGGUGCGGGUGUGGUUGAGGUGGAGGGUUUUCCCUGUGUCGCGCUUGUCGCUGUUGCGAAAAAGUGA